UGCUCAUCAACCGCCCAUUAAAAGCCUACAGAAGAAGCUUCCGCCCUGAGCAGCGUCUCCUGCUCGUUUACAGACGAUUAUUAUGUUAUUUAUUAUUUUAUUUAUUACCAAACAAACAGGAAGCUGUUGGACCGGAAGCGACAUUUUAAUGUGUUUAAUGUCCGCGCGUAUUGACGUCACCGCGUGAGCUCAUUAACACGAAGAAGAAGAAGAUUAAGAUUACAGGAGCUGAACCUGCUGUAGGGAGAGAGGAGAGCUGCUCGACAGGCAGGCAGGCAGACAGACAGGCAGGCAGACAGACAGACGGGGUUCCUGGCUCUGGGGUCCAGAUGGGGAACAGUGCGCUGAAGUCUCACCUGGAGACGUCCCAGAAGACCGGCGUGUUCCAGCUGACGGCGAAGGGGCUGCCGGAGUUCCCAGAGGAGCUGCAGAGGCUCACCGCCAACCUGCGGACGGUCGAUCUGUCCGGCAACAAGAUCGAGGUUCUUCCUGCCGACAUCGGGAACUUCCUGCAGCUCAAGAGUCUGACGCUCAACUCCAACCGACUGGCCUGUCUCCCCAGUGAGAUCGGGAAGCUGAAGAAACUGGAGACUCUGAGUCUGAAUGGGAACCGGAUCCAACAGUUGCCCCCCACUCUGGGCCAGCUCAAAGCUCUGCGGACCCUCAACCUGUCCGGGAACCAGUUCUCAGAGUUCCCCCCCGGACUGGGAACCCUGAGGCACCUGGACCUGCUGGACCUGUCCCGCAACAAAAUCCGCAACGUUCCCUCAGCCUUGUCUGAGCUACAGACCAUCGAGAUCAACCUCAACCAGAACCAGAUCUCGGUGCUGUCGGCGGACGUGUCCCUGUGUCCCCGUCUGAAGGUCCUCCGUCUGGAGGAGAACUGCCUGGAGCUGUCGUCCAUCCCUCAGUCCAUCCUGGGGGACUCACAAGUGUCCCUGUUCUCAGUGGAAGGAAACCUGUUCGAGGUGAAGGACCUCAGAGACCUGGAGGGCUACGACAAGUACAUGGAGCGUUUCACAGCCAACAAGAAGAAGUUCACCUGAGAACCUUCAGCAGCGAGUCUAAACCUUGGAGCGUCACCGGGGCGGGGGGGCGGAGUCUCGACUGACCCCGCCCACCACAGACCCCCUAACAGCCCCCGCCCCUCCACCCCCCUCUGCAUGAGGAGGCCUGCUGCUUCCUGUGUGAUUAAUCAGACCGACGUGAAGGAACCAUUCAACACCAGAGAAGAAGAAGGCGGAGCUGUUGGUGGUGGUCAACCUUCAGGGUGUUGCCAGGCGACAGCAGAGACUCAGGGGUGCGUUCACCAACGCUCGUCCCUUUAAACCUUUAACGUCUCUGAAACCUGAGUUCAUGAAGAACAAUUGAAUAUGUUUAAUGUUUUAAUGGAUGAAGAGCUGAUUCCCAGAAUGCUCUUUGAUUUUAUUCAUCAGGGUUCAACUGAGAAGUUUCAGCGAGAAAACACACAAAGAAUUAAUUUAACCAUAAGAAAUCAAUAUUUAACCUAAUUAAUAUAACUAAUAAUGGAUAUGAGAUAGAAAAAGUGGCUUUGUAUAAUAGUCACCGUAUAGUUAAUCAAUUAACAGAAAAAAUGUAAUUAUUAUUGGAUCAAAUCGGCUGACAGUUGGUUCUGAUUUAAACAAACAGAGUUCACAUGUAUUCAUUUCAUACGUUUUAUUAAACGUUUCCUAUGUUAUCUGAUUGAGUUCUGAUUUAAGAUUUGAUUUAUUGAAAUAAAUCAGCAGGUCUCGUUAUCUUUUCAUGUUUAGAAAUGAAGUCAAUAAAGAAGUCAUGAGGAACAACCAUAAAA